GUCUCGUGCUGCUGAUUCUGAGCUAAGAACAAGCAUCCAGCAGAUCUCAUCAUCGCCCAAAGCAGGCCCAAAGCAACGUCGUCACCGUGCUGCGCAAAGUGUCGUUGCGGUCAGCAAAGCCGGGCCAUGCCACGCGAGGACCACAACUUUGCUUAACGCCUUCCAUCGUCGCGCAACACAAUCGUCGCACGGCAGACCAUCCGCAUCAGAGGCGGUCGCCAACUCUUUCUUCUCAAUCAACCUCCAAAACAGCGCAGGCUUCGCGUGCACAGACUUGUUGAGGUUGCUCUCGAGUCCUUAGCACUGUGCUUCCCCGCGCUCGGCCUCAGCGCAGCGCGAUGACCUCCCUACUUCCCUCCUCACUCUCGCGGCCGCAUACGACAACGACCACAGACUCGCGACUGCUGACCAACUUGAUCAAGACCGAGCGAAACUACAUCAAUCACCUCUCCUCUGCCGUUGGCUCUGCGCACACUGCCGCCUCUGCGCUAACUGCAUGGGGCACGGCCGAAGCGCCAGAUAUUGCUGAAGCUUCCGCUCAGCUUGCAGGACUCUUCGACAAUGCGGCAGAUGUGCAAGAGACGCACGUAAGCGCAAUCGAGGGCUACCGCACCGCGCUCAAAGAUGUAGCCGAUCGGGAAGCCAGCAUCCGCAACGUCGUGCGAGAUCGCGACAUUCUUGUGGGCAGAUUGAUCAAGGCUUCCAAGGCAAGCUCAAGCAGCAAGCGCUCACCAGAAGAGAGGGCUGAAAAAGUCGCUCACGCCCAGCGAGAAUUGAGCGCAUGCGAGGAAGUGCUGCAAUUCGAAGAAGCUGCUCUGGUCGGCGUCAAGAGAAGAACGUUCAAGGAGGCCCUGACCUUGCGCUGCAAGACCAUGGGAGACGCUGGUGCUGCCAUGGUGGACGCGGCCAAGUCCGCCAUUCUCCUGCUCAACGACUUUGACUCUAGCGAUGUGUACCAGCCCACCAAUUCCGGCAUCGGUUACGGAAACGGGCAGCACGGGCGCAAUGACAGCAUCAAUAGCUGGAAUCAAUACGGAGACGGGCCAGAGGGUGUAGAGGAGUCUCGACACAACCAUCCCGCCUUCGAAAACAACAGUGUCACCCCAUCACAGUCCGCAUCGCAGACGAACAGGCCUGGAAAUACGGGCGUGAAUAGCUAUGCCAACCGAUUCAAUGACAUUGGCGAGGAUGAAGAUAGGGAGCGCGGUCCCGUUGACGCACUCCAGGCAAGCGAUGACAGCGACGACGAAGAGGGUUGGCAACAGGCACACCGUAACGCCGACAGGCACGAGGGUGGUGGCGCGCACUCGUCAACCCUACCCCCUCCACACAGACUUGACGCCAAUGUGGGAGCCACAGCGCAGCCGUUCAUGCCCCCUGCUCAGUCCUCGAAAGUCAAGCCAAUCAAUGGCUCUAGCGCGUCUCUGAACGGGAGUGCCGCCAAGGGGUCUGCUCCAUCGGUCCCCAAGAAAGAUCGACCCACUCAGCGAGCGAAUGCGGCACCUAUUCCAGCACGCGAGCACGACUUAAACAUUGUGCCAAUGCCUGCUGUUCCGACUGCCCCGCGCUUGAAUCUGGAUGGCACGAACCUUGGUGCUGUGCCGACAGCACCCCGCCUGUACCCGCGAAGCGACGCGCCAGGUGGGGAUGACUCUUCAUCGGAGGGCGCACCAACACAUCAGCAUCGCGGAGGCGGCUGGCAGGCUCGGCCAGAGUCCCGCACGGCACGUAGGAAUGCGUCGAGCGAUGAUGAGGCUACCGCAAAAGGCAGCUCUCGGCCAGGCGCAAAGCGAGGCAGCAGCUUCUUCGGCCGUGUUGGCAAGCUCUUCAAGACGGAUGUCAAGGGCGAGCCAAUGCCUAGUCAUCCGCCAUCUCAAGCCAAAACUCAGGCUCAGGGUAGUCAACGGUCUGGCGCAGGGUGGGAUACGCGCACAGACGCCGCGCUGCGGAAUAGUCAAGGCCCAUCUCGUCGACAAAGCCUGCUUCGCCCCCUGCCAGGAGCGCCUCGUGCGGGUGCCGAGAAUGCUAGCUCGGACGAUGAAGAGAAUCCCAAGAAUCUAGUCCGACACGUCAACCGAGAUCGUCCACUCUGGCGCAACGACGAGAAAGCUUCAAGCGAUUUGGGGGGCGUGUCAGCCAAGGUGGCGAAACGCAUGAGUCUACGUCGCCAACACAGCGUCAACGCUGGUCCGCUCAGCACGAAUCAGAUGGAGGAGGAAGCACGAAUCAAAGAGGCAGCUCGCCUGAGUGUCAUCGGUGCAGGCAUCGCAGGCAAUGCCAACGCCAAUGCGUCGAAUGCUACGCUGACGCCCGGCGAGAAGACCAAGAAGAAGAAGAAGAAGAGCAAAGCAAACCCAGAGACUGGGAGCGAGAUCGGCACUGCUCCGACACGCACCGCGUACUCAUCCGGCCCUGCUGCGUCGCGACCAAGCAGCAUGGUUGUGCCCGGCGCGGUCGGUUCAGGUCUGAGUCGCAGUGGCAGCGUCACUCCCUCUGUACGUCGAGACGUUGCUAGUCUGGCCCGUGGAGACUCGAUACGCUCUAGCGCUUCAGGAACCGUGCGAGAGUCGAAGGGAAAGAAGCGCGGUAGCAUCCUGCCAGCCCACCGCGAAGGGGGUGGGACCGCUAAUGCUAGCGGCGCUCUCGGCGCUUUCAGUCCUCAAGACCCUCAAGGAAAGUACACGACGAGCUCUUGGGUCGCCAAGCAUCCUGACGAGAAGCCAAGUCAAAAUGUCAAGGGGUCUCCAAGCCUCACCGGAAAGACGGCGGCCGAAAUUGCUGCUCAAGUUGGUGUAGUACCCAAAGCUGCCGCUGCGAGUGCUCCCUCUGGUCCACCAUUGAGCUCCCCCACGCCGCGCCGAGCGCAGAAGGAGUCGACGUCCACAACCCAGAGCGAGGUAGAGCCACCGCUUCAUGUGCCUCAGCCUAGUCGCACCAUGAGCCCACCUCUGAAGCCAGCGCUCAAGGUCCCUUCGGGUUUGAGCAGGUCAGGUAGUCUCUCAAACGCAUCUUCAGCUGCAGUGCGUCCUCAAAUGCCGCCGGUGCCAUCAGCGCCCCCUCUUGCGACCAGUCUGCUCCAAAGCGCCACUGCCAAUGCUGCUGCGCAACGCACUGCAUCGCCCGCGGCUCCCCGCCUGCCAGAGGUCUCCCAGAGCUCGCCAGUUGGAUCUACUGCGACAGGCGCCGAGUUGAGCCUUGGACAGGACGACCGCUUCGAUGGAAGCGGUAGCCUUGGGGAGCUACCUGGCGUCGGAGCGCCUGGCGUAGCGUCUUCAGACAAAGUGCUCAGCCCUUCUUCUCGCCGGGGUGUCGAGUUGCCCCAGAUUGACAUGCCGCAAAGCGAGCCUUUCCGUGUGGAUAUUGCAGGUAAUGGCCCCACCUUGGCUGAUCGCCGCGGCUCUACACCUGGCUUUUCGGACAAUCAGGCGUUCUUCACUCCUGGUGAAGCCGCAGCACUCGAGAACUUCUUCAAUACCCCUGCCCCCGAGACGACAGAUGAUCUCGUUCAAGCCCAACAUCCUCCCGGGGUGCACCAGGGCCAACCCGAAGGGGUGACUCGCCAGACUGUGGAGAGGAAACGGCUAACCCCAAGCAGGACGUACUCCUCAGGAGGUACACCACUGCAUGCUGAUACAAGCAGCAGCGCAUUAGGGACCGAGCCUGGUCCUGGCGCGUUGCAGCACGCGGGACUGCCGCAACCCAAUGCAUCUGUCACUUCCACUAUCGCCAAUGCUGUGCCGAUCGCUCCUUCAAGCACACUUGCUGCACCCCCGGUCAACGUUGCGACCUCAGACACCUCCACUGUGGAGGGCUCUGGCGUGAGCAGGCGCAAGUCGGUCCGCAUGGCGCCUGACGUUAAGCUGCCGCCAGAGACGCCAACGCCUGGGGUUGAAGCGCAAGACUACCUAUCGCGAGCCCAAGCGCGUGCGCCUGGUUCGUCCCUUGUCGGCUCCCUUCCCCGCAUCGCCCCUCCACCCACUGCUCCGCCGCGUAUUUCCGACUCUAUGAGGAGUGCCGCCGACUACCAACCAGUCCAUCUCGAGGACUCCACGCCAGCCAGACAGCGCGCUUCCUGGUCCUCUAGACUGGAUGCUCGACCCGCUGCCGACGACUCUAGUUCUGACGAAGGCGAUGGACUAGACUCGUACGCGAGCGCGCGCAAAGCGUUCGGAAGCGCAAGUCGUCAUCUGGGCAAGGCUACCGGCAUCGUCGGCUCGUCUUCGAAAGGCAAAGGAAAUGAGACGGAGUCUCCUAAGAAAAAGAAGAGCAAAAAGACCGAGAAUCAUGGAUACAACGCUUCCGUACCUCUUCCUGCUGGUCUGCAAGUGGUCGGGCGCAGCAACAGCGUGCGGAGCAAGAAAUAGUGGGCUCGAAUGUGAAUCUCUCAAUUUACCCUCCUCAUAAUCCACGCUCACUUCUUCAAAGCACUGUACAUACGCAGAAGCCUUGAUGCACAUUCUUUCCAUACCCGGACCCAUACACUUCUGGAUUCCCUUGCACUGCGUCAAGGCUUGGUUCGCAUUUCAAUUCGAUGGUCCUCUUCCAA